AGCAGCAUCGCAUCCAGAUUUUGGGCAAAGCCAUUUCUUCGUACUUAGAAAUGGUUGCUCCACUCCUCCGCUCUCUGUGGUCCAACGCCGCUAGAAAAACCAAAUCUUCUUCGUCUUCCUCUAAUUAUCUGAGACCCCUUUCAUUUUCACGCGUAACGGGCUUCACGAGGUCUUUCUCCUCGACCACUGCCGCUGCCUCGUCACCGUCGGCUGCGGAUGCUGGAGCCGCUGUGGAUCCCAGUAGGCUCCGGAAUGUCGCUGUAAUAGCUCACGUUGACCAUGGAAAAACCACUCUCAUGGAUAGGCUCUUGCGCCAGUGUGGCGCCGAUAUUCCACACGAGCGGGCCUUGGAUUCGAUCAGCCUUGAGCGCGAGCGUGGAAUCACCAUAGCCUCCAAGGUCACAUCUAUUUCAUGGAAAGGAAAUGAGCUAAACAUGGUUGACACUCCUGGACAUGCUGAUUUUGGUGGUGAAGUUGAACGAGUUGUUGGCAUGGUUGAGGGAGCAAUUUUAGUUGUUGAUGCUGGUGAAGGUCCCCUGGCACAGACAAAGUUUGUUCUUGCAAAGGCCUUAAAAUAUGGUCUGCGUCCUCUACUUCUUUUGAAUAAAGUCGACCGACCUUCAGUUACUGAAGAAAGGUGCAGUGAAGUUGAGAGCCUGGUAUUCGAUCUUUUUGCUAAUCUUGGUGCCACAGAGGAACAAUUAGAAUUUCCUGUUCUUUAUGCUUCUGCAAAGGAAGGGUGGGCCUCUUCGACAUAUACAAAAAGUCCUCCUCACGAUGAGAGGAAUAUGUCUGAGUUACUUGAUGCAAUCGUGAGACAUGUUUCACCCCCAACUGCUAGCCUUGAUGCACCUUUUCAGAUGCUGUUCGUGUGUUUAUUUUCUUGUGCGGCUUUUCUUUCUUCGUGCGGCUCUCGACCCUCUGUUAUUUUUCUCUCCGUUUCUCGUAAAACUAAUUCUCCCCAAAAGUGGAACUUCGUGAAAGUGGUUGACAGCUCCUUUCAGGUGUCUAUGAUGGAAAGAGAUAAUUAUGUUGGUCGAAUUCUAACUGGCCGUAUCUAUUCUGGGAUUCUCUGCGUUGGUGAUAAAGUGCAAGGACUUCAGAAUACUGAUUCCGGGGUUGUCAAAAUUGAAGAAGGGAAGGUUGUGAAACUGAUGAAAAAGAAGGGCACAAAUAUUGUUUCAGUUGAUAGUGCAGGUGCUGGUGAUAUAGUGUCCAUGGCAGGAUUGACUAGUCCAGCAAUAGGUCACACGAUAGCAAGUGCUGAGGUCAUGACAGCUCUGCCGGCCGUUGAGCUUGAUCCCCCCACCAUUUCGAUGACUUUUGGCGUAAAUGAUUCACCGUUGGCUGGUAGAGAUGGUACUUACCUGACAGGAAGACAAAUAGGGGAUCGGCUUAUGGCUGAAGCUGAAAGAAAUCUUGCAAUCAAUGUGCUUCCUAGUAUGUCAGAAUCUUAUGAAGUUCAAGGGAGGGGAGAGCUUCAAUUGGGCAUCUUAAUUGAGAACAUGAGGCGUGAAAAGUUUGAGCUUUCAGUCUCACCUCCUAAAGUGAUGUAUAAAACAGAAAAGGGACAAAAGCUGGAGCCAAUUGAAGAAGUGACUAUUGAGGUCAAUGAAGAGCAUGUGGGUUUAGUUAUGGAAGCUCUUUCUCACAGGCGAGGUGAGAUUACAGACAUGGGUCCAGUACCUGGCAAUAUUGGUAGAACCAGACUUUGUCUGACUUGUCCUUCUAGGGGUUUGGUUGGUUAUAGAAGUGUGUUCAACAGCGAUACACGAGGAACCGGAUUUAUGCACCGUGCCUUUCUGGCUUAUGAGAAGUAUCGUGGUCCUCUUGGAAAUGUCAGAAAAGGAGUAUUGGUUUCAAUGGGAUAUGGCACCAUCACUGCUCAUGCAUUGAUGAGUCUAGAAGCUCGUGGAAUACUUUUUGUCAAACCAGGAAUGGAGACCUAUGAUGGAAUGAUUAUUGGUGAACAUUCACGAGACACGGAUCUGGAUGUCAAUCCAGUGAGAACUAAGGAGCUAACCAAUGUCCGUGCUGCCUCCAAGGAUGAGAAUGUGAAGCUAACUCCUCCUCGCCUUAUGACCCUUGAAGAAGCAAUAGGGUAUGUUGCAUCUGAUGAGCUAAUUGAGGUUACUCCUAGCGCAAUUCGGUUAAGAAAGAGAUAUCUGGAUGUUAAUAAGAGGAAAUCAAUGAGUAAAAAACCAAAGCAGUGAUAUUUUUGAAGUACAAUUUGGUUGGAUAACAUCUCAGCUUCUACCGCCAGAACGUACAACUUUUACAGUUGUAUUAUUUAUGGAUAGUGGUUCUUGGAACCAUUACAGUUUCAUAAUAUUGUCUCAUCAUUCUAUUGUUUUUCAGUCAGUAUUAUAUUUGCUAUUUAUUAAUUUGAGAUUACUUGCGAAUAUUUAAUUCUGAUUAUUAUUUUAUUUUUAA